AUGACUUCCAGCCCAACCAUGUCGGCACUCGUAGUCCGCGAGGAUAGCCCCCAGUCUCUCCGUCUCUCCAAGGAGCCAAUUCCCAUUCCGCAACCAAACAAGACGCAGGUCCUAGUGAAGAUCAGCCAUGCUGCACAGAAUCCGACAGACGGCAUAACAGCAGUGCAAUCGUUGGAUAACCGCGCUUUUGGCGAUGGCGCUGUCCUGGGUUGUGAUUUUGUCGGCGAAGUGGUCGAAGUCGGCAGCUCCGUGCGACGGUACGCGAAGGGUGAUAUCAUCGCUGGUUUGAUUUGGGGUGGCGAGACUCCGGGUCUCGGCGCUUACAGUGAGUACACCCUGGCCGACGAGAGAAUCUCGUAUCCAGUGUCAGGGUGCAAUAUCUCGCGUGAGCAUGCGAGCACUGUGCCUCUGGCUGCCGCGACCGCAUGGUUAGCGCUCUUCUCCAAGGGCUGCCUGGGAAUCGACUGUAACCAGCAGAAGGGUAUCAGCGUGCUGAUCUGGGGUGGCAGCUCAAGCGUUGGUCUCUACGCCAUUCAGCUGGCCACCAUGUAUGGAUUGGAGGUCAUCACCACCUGUAGCCCCAAACACGCGGAACUCGUGCGCUCGCACGGCGCCCGACACGUCCUCGACUAUAAAGAUGAUCAGGUCGUCGACAAGAUCAAGAAGGUGGCUCCCACGCUCAGCUACGCCUUUGAUACGAUCGGCAAUCCCGCAUCGUCGUCGACGGCCUCUUGCGCUUUCCAGACGGAAACUGGGUCCCUGUGCACCGUGCGACCUGGCAAAGCGAAUACCGAGAAGGUGGCAUCCGGGACUCGGGUUACGGAUGUGUUGGUGUGGACCUCCUUCUUCAAGGAUCACACAUAUGGCGAGUUCAAAUGGCCGGCUUCCAAGAGCGAUCAUGAGCUCUCAGCUGAAUUGUUCGAUAAGCUUCCUUCCUGGUUGCAGAAAGGUGCACUCAAGCCUAGCCUUCCCAAGUUGCGUCAGGGGUUGGAUUCAGUGCCUGAAGGAUUCCAAGAGUAUCGCGAUGGAGAGAUUUCUGGCUAUAAGAUCGUCUAUGCCUUGAACUAAGUCCGGUGCUUGAAAGCCGACCCUUAAUUCUUCGCACCUUGUUGUGUGAUAGAAACUCCGAGUCAUAUAAGCUAAUCAGGGUGUUAUCUAUCCUGAACAGAGAUGAGUGCACUGUAGUGUGGUGCAAAACGUAAAGACUAACAAGAGGCGUGGCGAGGUUUAGCAGGAUGAUGUGGACCGGAAAACAUGCUCUUCUUUUGCCGUAACCAGCAUGCCUCUACCGGCAGCAGAGAG